UUAUUCCCAAAGUGUGAUAUUUAACACGUUUAAAACAAAUUACACAUUGAUACAAUCAUUAACAUAAGUUGGUAAAUAGCUAAUCUCUAUAAUUUUGUACGUUUAUCACUAUAACCUACAAAUCAUAUGUACAAGUGUUAUUUCACAUAUUUCAUAUAAAAAAUGCGAUACGCACAGUUAGUUGUUGGUCCCGCCGGUAGUGGAAAGUCCACAUACUGCUCAACGAUAGUGAAGCAUGCAGCAGACUCGAAGCGGAUAGUGGAGGUGGUGAACCUGGACCCGGCGGCGGAGCACUUCGACUACGAGCCGCUGGUGGACAUCCGGGAGCUCAUACACCUGGACGAUGCCAUGGAGGACGAGGAAUUACAGUUUGGUCCUAAUGGCGGACUUGUUUUCUGUGUAGAAACCCUCUUAGAAAACUGCGACUGGCUUGAAGAGCAGCUCGGAGACGUAGAUGACGACUACAUCCUCUUCGACUGCCCCGGCCAGAUCGAGCUGUACACACACCUGACGGUUAUGAGGCAGCUAGUAGACCAGCUGCAAAGGUGGAACUUCAGGAUCUGUGUCGUGUUCAUGGUGGACUCGCAGUUCAUGGUCGACGGAGCCAAGUUUCUGUCAGGCACAAUGGCGGCGCUCAGCGUGAUGGUGAACCUGGAGUUGCCUCACGUGAACAUCCUGUCGAAGAUGGACCUGCUCAGCAAAUCUGCCAAGAGUCAACUGGACAGCUACCUAGACCCAGACCCGCACAUCCUUCUAGCCGACAUGCGACACUCAAACUCCAAAUGGCAUUCAAAAUACGCCAAACUGACAGAAGCCAUCGGAGAAGUCAUAGAAAACUUCAGCCUCGUCAGGUUUUACCCGCUGGACAUAAAGAAAGAGGAGAGCAUAGACGACAUCCUGCUGACCAUAGACAAUAUUAUACAGUACGGAGAGGAUGCCGAUGUGAAGAUUAAAGAUUUUGAUGAACCAGACCCGGAUGAUGAUGAGUAAAUUAGUAUUAGGAUUUUUCUGUAAUAAAAUGUGAUAUGAAGACACUAAAA